GCCCCUCCCUUGCCCCUUGGCCCUUAUCCUCCUCAGCCACAGCGAGAACGUGUCGCAGUGGCUAAGGAGUGAGUGAGUGAGUGAGCUUCAGAGUAGCCCCUGGAGGCGACUGUCGUUCGCUCUCUCUCACACUAGCGGAUGGAGAGCGUCGACAGAUUGGAGCUCGGAUCGAGCUUUAUUAAGGCCGGACAGAUUUGUGUGUGCUGCGCGAGAAACGAUGGGUUUGCAAUUCUCUAUAUUUGGGAGGCAAAUCCGAAGCCCUCGGCAGGCAGAUCUUGGCACUUUAAAGGCGAUCGGUUAGAUGGAUGAUGACGAUGCCGAUGAUAACCUACAGCUAAAUUCAGAGAAACCGCCAAAACAAUGUUGAAAUGUAGUCUCAGGAGAUAGCAGGGCCUAUUAUUAAGCCCCCAAUCAUACUUAUGGCUAAAUUUGGCCCAAAAGCUGCAACUAAAUUUGGCUCUCGAAAAGGGCUUCUCCAAAGUAUUCGAUGGGCGCCACAAACCCCUUUUGCUGGAGUGUGCUGUGAUGUGGUCGAUUUUGAGCCCAAUGUCCUUCCCAAGGUCUCCUCUUCCUCCUUUUUCGGGAACAGUCGGAUUUUCGUGACCGACCUCCUUCACCACGUCGACACCAAUCCACAAUCUCUGACCCCGGAUCAUCAUCCCAAUCGUGACCAAAGUGAACUUCCCCGAUGAAAUUGAUCAUGGCCAUUUCUUCCGUUGACACAUCCGACACCUUUUACUGGC